AUUUCCGAGAUUCCUUUUUACUCCACGAAGUCAAUAAUACUCCAAAACUCUCCACACCGCCCCCUUCUUCUUCCUUCCCCUUCUCCUUCGCCUUCAUCUUUUCCGUGCCCAUUCUUCUCUCGUGUUCUCGCUUCUUCUGCUCCUCCACCUGGCCAUGAAACCCUCUUCUCAUCUCCUCUCACCUCGAACCCCGGCCCGAUCCCAGUGAGAACACGAAAAUCGUUAAGAGAGCGAGAGAGCGAGAGAGCGAGAGAGAGAGAGAGAGAGAGUAGAGGUGUUUUAGAGAUGGAUCACUCGAAGAACAAUCACCAGCAACACCAUCAGCAUAAUCCCCAUCUCGGCGUCAACAAGAUGGGGAAGAACAUCCGCAAGAGCCCCCUCCACCCCUCCGUCAGCGGCGCCGGCGCCCUCCCCAACGUCCGCCCUCCCGCGGCCGCGGCUGCACCCCCGGCGCAGCAGCAGCAGCAGCAGCAGCAGCAGCCGCCGCAGCCGCAGGUGUACAACAUCAGCAAGAACGACUUCCGCAGCAUCGUCCAGCAGCUCACCGGCACCCCCUCCCGCGAUCCCAACCCCAACCCCAACCCCCCGAUCCCGCCCCCCGCAGCCGAAGCCGCCCAGCCAGCGGCUCCAGAAGAUCCGCCCCUCGCUCAACCCCAUCGCCGCCCGCUCCUCCCCUACCGUCCCACGCCCGCUCCUCCUCAUCCCCAUCCUCUCCUCAUCCCAUCCCAAUUGGGCGAUUCCCCCGUCUCCGCCUACAUGCGCUACUUCGAAAGCGCCCUCCUCAGCUCCGACGGCUCGCGGCAUCCGCACCUUCCUUCCCCGGCUCUCCCCUCCCGGCUUCCCCCCUUCCUUCCCUAG